CUUAAGCCACUCCCCUUAACCCAUUCAGUCACUCGCUGUAAUGUUCCUCCGUGUUUACUGCUGAGCCGAGCACGUAUAUGCGAGUUCUCUUAUAAAGCAGCUGUUUUCCCUUGUGUUUCGCAGAGUCUCUUUAGGAAUCCAACAUGCCUAAAAGAAAGAAAGCAGACAGGGAUGCCAAGGAUGAGCCUCAGAGGAGAUCUGCACGGUUAUCAGCAAGACCAACUUAUGUGAAGGCUGAACCCAAACCAAAAAAGACGACUAAGAAAGACAAAGCAGCCAAUGUCAAAAAAGAGGAUAAAAAGAGCAAGGUGAAGGCCAAGGAGAGCUCAGAGUCUGCAGCCAGCGAGGAGAACCACUCCGAAAAUUGAGAGACCAAGACCAACACGGUCACAAAGACUCGUACAAACGAAGGAAGUGAAAUCUGAGUAGCACUAUUGCCUCCCAUCAACACUGUCAUCACAGCUCCUCAUCACUCCUAGUGUUGUGUCGUUGUCCGUCCUCCAAGGCAUAUCAUUCACAGAGAAAUAUUUUUAUCAAUGGUUUUAUAAGUAUCAGCACAGGUUUUUUAGCACAAAAUUAAGCUAAAUGCUGAGCACCCUGUAGAUCUGCAGCGAUUGUUUCUGCAAGAAUGCCACACUAAAGGUAUUUUUAAAUGCCAUUUAUUGUUAAUGAUAACUUAUUUGGUCUAGAAAAAUCAUACCUGCCUCUAGCGUUUGGAGUGUUUCCACAUCUCUUUAUCCUCCUUCCUCACACUUAUUUUUCAGGUUUUUAAAAGUGGUUAUAAACGGCAGGGGGGAAAUUGACUUUUUUAACCUUAUAUAUUUUCUUUGCUAUUUAGUCAUUUGUCCUAGAUUUUCCUGUAUUAUUCUUAAAGGGCGAGGUGCACAACCUUCAAGCAGAGAUUUUAGGGAGCUGGUAUAUAUUUCACUGUAUCUUGACAAAAAAAUAAAAAAUAAAUAAAAACAUCUAAAAAUUAAAAAUGCAGCUUAUUAAAUAUGAUUUUUUUCAUGCAAAUUGUAUUUUUUUUUUAAUCAUGUGAUUGACGUGUUGAAGUCUGCAGGUUGUUAUGUACACUCUGAUGUUGCAGUGUCUGCUAAUAAAGAAAAGGGUGGAAUUUUCCUCA